AUGCCUCCCCCCGUUCAGCUAGGCGUGGUCCCAAUCAGCAAGCCCACCGAAGGCAAGAACAAUUACCAGGGUUUCAACCCUCGUACUGAAGUCCUUCCUGCCGGGUGGAAUGGCUACAACUCACGGCCACUCCCUUGCGACAUUAUCGCGCAGCAUGAUUUCGGCAUCAAAGUUCGCGACGGAUGCACUCUGUAUUGCGACAUCUAUCGUCCGGCCAACGUUGGCCCCAACGAAAAAGUCCCCGCUAUUAUCGCCUGGAGUCCGUUCGGUAAAAAGUUCAACGGCCUUUCAAUGUUGAAGAUGCUCCCUUGGGGCGUGGGUAUUCCGGAUGGAACAAUGAGUGGACUGGAGCGCUUUGAAGGUCCAGACCCUGCGGAGUACUGCCCCCAGGGCUUUGCUAUUGUCAAUGUCGAUGCUCGUGGAUCGGGGAAUUCCGAUGGCUCUGUUGUCAUUAUGGGUACACAAGAAGCUGAGGAUGGAUACGAUGUGAUCGAAGAAAUUGCAAAGCUGGAUUGGUGCUCAGACAAUGUUGGACUGGCGGGUAAUUCCCAUCUUGGAAUUGUCCAAUGGUUCAUUGCUUCUCUGAGACCUCCUUCCCUCAAGGCCAUUGCCCCUUGGGAGGCUGCAGGCGACCUUUACCGAGAGCAGUUUGUUCGAGGAGGUGUCUGGGACAGUGGACUCUUCGACUUCAUCACACAACACAUCAUCCAAGGCAGCAAUGGUCUCGAGAGUUUCGCCGAGAUGUAUCGACGGAGCGACUUACAAAACGACUACUGGAAAGAUAAGCGAGCGAAUAUCAAGAACAUCAACAUCCCGACCUACGUUGUCGCUUCAUACUCGACUUUCGUUCAUACGAUGGGCUCGAUCCGAGGAUGGUUGGAUGUUGACACAAAGGACAAGUGGUUGCGAUGGGAUCCCUACCAGGAGUGGUUUGAUCUUUGGACCGUGAAGGAGUCCCGCGAUGAACUUGCUGCAUUUUUUGGAAAGUUCCUGCGGGGAGAUGACAAUGGCUUUGAGAAGGUACCUCGGAUGCGAAUGACCAUUCUUCAAUUCGGAGAUAAGGACCCUAUCUAUCCUAUUGUUGAAGAAGAUUAUCCUAUUCCGCGGACAAAGUACACCGAUUUCUUUAUUCAGCAGGAAGGUUCCCUGUCUUUGACACCUCCCACCGGUUCUGGGACAAUUUCCUACAACUCUGAACUCAAAGGUCAAACCUUUGACAUCGCCAAGUUCAAGCACACAUUCACGGAGAAGACAACACUUGCCGGCAUGCCCAAGGCCGUGCUCUACAUGAGUACUGAAGACUCAGACGACAUGGACAUCUACGUUCUCCUUCGCAAGUUGGACAAGAACGGCAAACCCCUUCUCAACCUGAACAUCCCAUGGGAGAACGCCCCCAUCAACUCCUUUGACGAGCUGGAUCCUAAGGAUCACCACAAUCUGCUUUUCUACUUUGGACCAUUCGGUGUUCUGAAGGCCUCCCACCGCCACAUUGACGAAAGCCAAAGUAUGCACUCCCAAUAUCCCUUCCAUACUCAUGACCGGGUGGAAAAAGUACAGAAGGGUGAAGUUGUGGAGCUCCAAAUUGGCCUUUGGGCCAUGGGAAUUGCGUAUGAGGAGGGAGAGAGCAUUAGCUUGGAGGUUUCAGGACAAUAUCCUCUGUUCAAAGAUUACACUGAGGAGGUGAAGCCAAACCCUCGAGGAUAUAAGGGCAACGUUGGCACUCACACAAUCCAUUAUGGUGGAGAGUACAGGAGCCGCAUUAUUUUGCCCGUUGUUUAG